CCGGGGUAAAGGUGCUUUGUGCCGCUCUGACUGUAAUUUGACUGCCGCCCUCAGAGUCCCAGUCAGUUGACUCUUUUUGUGUCUGUGAGCGAAGUUCUCCUGAACACGGUAACCUAUAGGCAACUCAAUAUGUCCAUCAGUCGGAAGAACUGGUCGGCUCUGUCCAGCCUAGCGCGCCAGUGGACGGUGGAGGAUGAGGAGGAGGUGGAGAGGGAGAAUAGAAGGAGGGUGAAGAGCUUGAUCGUCACCAGUGACUUCGACGCUGAAGACAGCCAAACACCCAGAGACACAAAAACCACUGAGAGCGCCUCUGGGAAAGAUGCCCCGGGUGACCUGAGCAGUGUGGAGCAGAUUCAGCUGGAUUUUGUGGAGAUGCUGCGUGUCCGUGAUGAAAAGCGGAGACUGAGGCACGUGGAGGCGCUGAGACGACAGAAGGAGGUUGGGGAGGAUGAGGCGGCGGCCUGCAGUGGAGGAGCCAGGGUGGAGCUACUGGGGGACUUGGAUGAGGAAGAGGGUGGUUUGUUUUCCCCCAUAAAAGCCACUAAACCAGAACCACCACUCAAAUCCACAUCUCACAGUCCGGUGAAUGGCAGCAGCAGCACCAACACCACAAACAGACAACAAGAAAAUGGGAAGCCGUCAGGCCAAGCCCAUGAUCCCAAGCCAGCGUCCAACCCGACACGCAAGUUUGUCAGCUCUGUUUCCAUCUCACUCGACAAAAGUCCCUCAGCCAGCGGCUGCACAUCUCCCAUGAGCCCUCGCUCUCCGACGCCCUCGUCAUCCUCUCGAGAACACUGGCCGUCACCUUGCCAGAGUCCCUCUCCUCCGGGUGAUCAGAGUCCUGUACAUAAUGGACACACACAGGAGACCAGUGUGAAUGGCUCUCCCAGCAGCAGCAACUUUGAACAGACUCCAAAACCUGCGUUCGUCAGACAGAGCUCCAGGACUAUAUCUUUCAGGAUGAUGAGGAAGAAAGAAGAGGACAGUUCGCCCCUGCAUAGGAGCUCGAGUGUGAGGAUGGCCUCCAAGAAGUUUGAAUCCAACACAGACCAAAAUGAAGACGAAGACAAAGCGUCAUCCUUCCAGAGAAACUCUCGACAGAGGAUUUCAUCCAGGUCCAUCCAGGAGAAGAUGGAGAGACUGGCUCAGGCUGCACAGAAGUCUGAAGUUCUUCGCGCUCCAGACGUGACCCAGAGGACCCUGUUCCUGCUGGACGAGGUGUCCAGGAAGAGAGGUCUCUUUGAGAAGGAGCAGCAAGCGGCAGGCCCCACCAGCCCGGGAAUUUCCAGACAGGAAUUUAGAAGCUUCACAUCAGGAAUGUCUGAUCGCAUUAACCGCUGGCUUAACAAGACCGGCCCAACUGGGUCUGCACUCAGUCCUACUGACUUGAGACAUGUGGACAUCAGCAGCAAAAGGAGCAUGUUUGAGAGCAGAGAGGAGGACAGUGUUCUCAAAACCAGCCCUGGAAAAAUCUCGAAGUGAAGGACGGCCAAUUUAUAAACCCUACAGUGAUUUCCUGCGCUCCCCUCCCAUCUGCAGGAUUU